GUAUAAGGGUAAUAUAAAUAAAAAUUAAAAAUUUCCGUUGUCGGUGUCGGCUUGUCACUCUUGAGUAGUUAUAUAGGUUUACUCUCGUGACUUCGUAAGUACCCGUUCAACAGUUUAGUUUUUCCACAUUAGUUGAGAAAACAUUCUCACCAUGGCACCAAAGAAGUCCAAACGUAGUGCUUCAGAUGAUUCUUCCUCCGACUCUGGACCCGACGACAGAAAUCCUCCUCCUAAGAAAUCUAAACCUACUGAUAAAGGAAGUUCCAAGAAAACAAACUCAAAUGAAGAAGAGCAUUCAUUUGCACUGGAUAAAAAUCGCUUUGUUAAAGUUAGAGAAUUCCGUGGUAAACUUUUCAUCGACAUCCGUGAAUUUUAUGAGAAGAACGGAGAAACACUUCCUGGAAAAAAAGGCAUAUCUUUGUCUGUUGGCCAAUGGAACAGACUGAAAGAGCAAAUUGAUGAUAUUCAAGAGUCUGUUGAAAAAUUGGGAUAAUUUAAGUUUCUAACAUGGCAGACUUGUUUUUAUGUUUAUUUAUUUAUAAUUAGUUUGUUUUAAUGUAUUAUUUCAUAUUUAAGCACUAAGCGUUAAAUUAUAUUAUAAGCUGAACUAUAAUUUUGUGAUUGAUACUCCUAAAGUAUUUUAAUUUAUUUACAAAGUAAAAUGCAUAUUUAAAACUUCAUUGA